AUGGCCGAAAAACCCACCACAGACGCCUCGGAGCUUCUUGCGUCGUUGUCAUUGCAAAAAGAAGGCCACGCAGAUGUAGAAUCUGCAGUUUCGGCGGCCCCAAAGGCGGAGACAGAAAAGGUCGACAAGGAAGAAAAAGCGCCCGAACCAGAAACCAACUUGAUCAAAUCCACUUAUGAAGUCCAGGUUAAAUUGGCCGACUUGCAAGCGGACCCCAACUCGCCUCUUUUCUCAGUGAAAUCUUUUGAGGAGCUAGGGUUGUCGCCCGAAUUGCUCAAAGGCUUGUAUGCGAUGAAAUACAACAAGCCAUCGAAGAUCCAGGAGAAGGCGUUGCCUCUUUUGUUGCUGAACCCUCCCACGAAUAUGAUUGGCCAGUCUCAGUCUGGUACAGGUAAAACAGCUGCAUUUUCGUUGACCUUGUUGUCUCGUGUCGACGAACUGGACAAUCUGGUUCAGGCAGUCUGUUUGGCCCCAGCAAGAGAACUCGCUCGCCAAACGCUAGAGGUUAUCCAGACCAUGGGCCGUUUCACCAAAGUCACCAGCAAGUUGGUUGUUCCUGGCUCGUACUCUGCCGACAGCACUUUCAAUGAGCACAUUUUGGUUGGCACACCAGGAACCUUGUUGGAUCUCAUCAAAAGACGCCGUGUGAAUUUGAGCAAGGUGCGUGUUUUCGUUUUGGAUGAGGCUGACAACAUGUUGGAUGCACAGGGCUUGGGUGACCAGUGUGUUCGAGUCAAAAAGGCCUUGCCACCAACUGCGCAAUUGGUUUUGUUCUCCGCUACCUUCCCAACCGAAGUCCGCGCGUAUGCAGAGAGGUUUGUGCCCAAUGCCAACUCGUUGGAGUUGAAGCAGGAAGAAUUGAAUGUCGACGGGAUCAAACAGCUAUAUAUGGACUGCAACUCGGAGCAACACAAGUUCGAAGUGUUGUGUGAGUUGUACGGGCUUUUGACCAUUGGUUCUUCCAUCAUCUUUGUGGGAACUAAGCGCACUGCAGACAUGUUGUACCAGAAAAUGAAGCAAGAGGGCCAUACUGUUUCUGUUUUGCAUGGAUCUUUGGACAACGCCGAAAGAGAUCGUUUGAUUGACGAUUUCCGCGAGGGCCGGUCCAAGGUGUUAAUUACCACCAACGUUUUGGCACGUGGAAUUGACAUUGCGUCUGUUUCUAUGGUGGUGAACUAUGAUUUGCCAGUGGACAAGGACGGGAAGCCAGACCCAUCGACAUAUUUGCACAGAAUUGGCAGAACUGGUCGUUUUGGCCGUGUGGGUGUUUCCAUCUCGUUUGUUCACGACAAGCGUUCCUACGAGGUGUUGAAAUACAUCCAGCAGUACUUUGGCGACAUCGAAAUGACUCGUGUGCCUACUGAUGAUUGGGAUGAGGUGGAGAAGAUCGUGAAGAAGGUAAUUAAGAAUUAG